CUAUUUAUUCUUUCUACAAUAAAUAAUAAAUUGAAUAAAAGUGAAUGAUUACUUAAUUUAUAAAUGUAUAAUUAUUACUUUCCUAGCUUAAGCCUAAAAAAAAGUUAUGAGUAAUCAAGUGUAACAAUGCGUAAGAGAGGAAACAUUGACGGAGAUUGAGUAAUUAAUCAAUUGAUGAUGAAGAAGAGGAUUUGACUUUGUUUUGAUUUUCGAAGGUAAGGUUUUAGAUUGGGAAGUUUGUUGAUUGAAAGCUAAUCUUGUGUCCUCAUCGCAAUUCGACGAUGACACCAUUUCUAUGGGCACAUAUUUACGAAAAAUAAACCCGAAUAAAAUUAAAAAUCUGGGGCAACGCCCGGGCCACACACUAGUUAUUUUAUUGAAAAAUAGGUAGAAUGAACGAUAGUAUUUGGAAGAGAGAACUCAGAGAAGUAAUAAAAUAUUAAAUUACUCCCUCCGUAUUUUUUUAGGAGUCAAUGUUAACCGACACAAGUAUUAAGGGAUCAUAAUUGAAUUUGAUAUACUAAUGAUGUAAAUGGGGGUAGUUAACAAUAAAGAAAUAUAAAAAAAAUAAGGGCGGUGUAAAAGUUACCCAAAAUGAAAUUAUUUAUGAGUUAAGUGGGCUCUUAGGGAAGUAAAAAUAAUAAAUAAUUGCGGAGUGGGUGUACAAGUUAAAAAAAAAAAUGGAAUUUGUGACUAAAAAAAAAAAAAAAUGUCCGCAAGUAGUAAUUGUGGCUUCUAAAACAAUUCGGAGGGAGUACUGCAAAAAACAAAAAAUGGUAAAACUAAAUUGGAAUGGAUUAGAAAGGAAAAUGACAUUCUUUGGAUGUAAUCCUCAUUUGAAUCAAAAAAAAAAAGAAAGGAAAAUGACACUCUAAAUUGGAACGGAGAGAAUAAUAUUAAAAGAAUCCGUGCACCAAGAACGACAUUGUUUUGUAACGAGAUCACGAUUUAAGCAAACUUAUAGUUUAAAUUGCACCUUACAACAUGCAGAAAUAAAAAUUCACAAAUUUAGUAAUUAUAGGGGUAUUUUAGUCAAUAUACUAGCAAAGUUUCAAAUUUUUGUAAGAAGAAAUGAAAAUGGAUCAAUUUCUUCACUUGAUCACUUCUAAAAGUGUGUUUAAACUUCCCAAUAACAUAAUUAGAUAGUUUUUGUAUACUUAAGUUAAUGAGGUUGAAGAAGCUAGUUAAAAACCUUAAAACUAUGAAACAAAAGGUACGGACUUGUCCAAGUCAUCAAAGGAUUGCAUAAUGCAUAGGGUUUGAUGACAAAAAAACAGAAAAGAAAAAAGGAAAAGAAGAGCAGACGAAUCAAUGAAAUUCCAACAAAUUCUACUCCUACACUACACAGGAUCAAAUAAUCUUAAAUUUAAAUUAAAUUCGGUCAAAAUCAAAUCAAAAUUACCCAAAAAAAGAUGCUACUUACAACAAUUUAAUCAAAAUUCUAUCAAUCAAAAUCAUUAUCAAGUGGGUUUUCUUAAUCGGGUUCGGGUAUCAAAAGCACACAAACAAAAAAUCGCAAUACUCAAAUCCCCUCUUCUUCAAUUCCAAUCCACCAUCCCUAAUCUCAAUUUCCUUUUUCCUCUAGUUUCUCUCUCCUCAAAUCUCCCUAAUUUCUCCCUUUCUUCGAUACCACCGUCUUUGCCGCCGGAUUUAAUCGCCGGCAACCGUUCACCGGCUUUGUUUCUGUUAUUUGUUCCCUCCAAUUUGUUUCCAAGUUGCGAGUUUUGCAAACCCUAGGUUGAUAAAUUGUGAUUUCCCCCAAUUUGAUCAAUACUAAAAGAAGAAUUUCUGGGGUUGGAUCAAGUUGGAAUUUUCCGGGUUUUGUUUAAUUUAAGCUGGGUAAUGGAGGAGUUUUGCGUUUUUACUGGCAGUAUGCAAAGGGAACGAAUUUUUUGGGGAAGAAGGGUUUUGUGAAGUUGCUGUAAUUUUGCAGAUAGAGAAGUUUUUUAAUUGGGUGUCAUAUAAUUGUAUAAAAAGAAUGAUGUUGCAUAACAGUAGCAAUGGUAAUAUUCAGGGAAGUUUGAAGCAAAGUUGUAGUGUUCUAGCAGUUUUAUGUGAUAGUAGUAAGCUUAGAGAGUGGGAAACUGAGGAUCGGCUGCAAUACCCUUUCACUGAGCUUGAAUCUUUUAGCCGCUUAGAGGUUAGGACACUUAGAAAUCCGAGCUUGGAUGAGUUUGGGAGGACCCUUGAGUUGUUGAAGCCGAAUAUUGUGUACCUGCAAGGGCAGUUGUUGCCAAAUGAUGAAAUCGGGUCUAUAGUGUGGGAUGGUGUUGAUUUAUCUGAUGCUGAAGUGAUAUCUGAGCUUUUUAAUCAUGUAUUGCCUACCACGGUUUAUUUGGAGAUCCCAAAUGGUGAAAAUUUGGCAGAUGCUAUUCAUUCUAAGGGGGUACCCUAUGUUAUAUUUUGGCGGAAUCCAUUUUCUUGCUAUGCUGCUGAUCAUUUCCGAUAUGCAUUAUUUUCAGUUGUACAGAGUACGCCAUGCCAUACCUGGGAUGCUUUCCAACUGGCUCAUGCAUCAUUUGGGCUUUAUUGCAUUCGGAACGAUGCAGUGGUUCCAAGGAACAGCCAAAAGGCUGGUGGUAAGCUGGGUCCAUCUCUUCUUGGCGAGGCUCCUGUUAUUGAAGUUGCUCUGCCCGAGGUUGAUGAGGGUGAUGAUGAAGAAGGCUCCGGGAGUAAUGUUUCUGCUGUUAAGAUCCAUGAUGAUGAAGUGAGCGUGAGAUUUUUGAUAUGUGGGGUGGCAUGCUCGUUGGAUGCAUAUUUGUUGGGAUGUUUGGAGGAUGGACUGAACGCACUUUUGGGUAUAGAAAUGCGAGGGAGCAAGCUUCAGAACCGGUUCAGUGCCCCACCACCACCACUGCAAGCAGGUACAUUCUCACGUGGUGUUGUGACCAUGAGAUGUGAUAUAUCUACCUGUACUGCUGCCCAUAUUUCUGUCCUGGUAUCUGGGAGUGCGCAAACGUGCUUCGAUGAUCAGCAAUUGGAAAAUCAUAUAAAGAAGGAGGCCAUUGAAAGAAGUCAGCUCAUACAGGCACUGCCCUCUUCAGAAGAAAAUAAAAUGCCUUCAUCAGAGCCUCGGACAUCUGUCUCAAUUGCUUGCGGAGCAACAGUUUUUGAAGUAUGCUUGAAAGCACCGUCAUGGGCUUUGCAGGUAUUGCGGCAGCUGGCGCCGGAGACAUCUUACCGUAGUCUAGUAGCCCUUGGAAUUGCAAGCAUUCAAGGACUGGCAGUUGCUUCGUUUCAGAGAGAUGACGCUGAUCGUCUUCUUUUUUUCUGCACAAGACAGGAGAAAGAUAGGCAUCCACAUAAUGAUGAUCUCUCUGCUCCACCUAGGUGGCUUAGACCACCUCCUCCAAGCAGAAAGAUUUCUGGAAUAGGUCAAGGAUCAAGCCCUUGUUCACAUGACUGUCACCUGUCUACAACAAAAGCUGAACAAGAAGAUAAAGAAACUAGAUUCUUUAAUGGGAGUAAUAGUCCAGUUUUUCCCAUCCUGCAGAAGCUAAAAGUAGCAGCAAUGAGGCCCAUACCUCAAACUAAUAUUCGAAAAAUGAUGCCUUUUGUGGGGAUAGUGCAAGCAGAUAACUACGAUACUGGCCAACUGAAGCUCAGCUCGCCAGCUCUUCCAUCAACCAAGCAUAGUGUUUUGGCAUCAAAUCCUGCACCAAAUAGAAGGUCAUCUAACACUUUUCAGGCUAAGCAGAUCAUUUCCUUAAAUCCAAUACCUAUGAAGAAGCAUGGUUGUGGCAGAUCACCUAUCCAGUUAUGCUCAGAGGACGAGUUCUUAAAGGAUGUAAUGCAAUUUCUUAUGCAUCGCGGACACAGUCGGCUCAUCCCUCAAGGUGGGCUAGCAGAGUUCCCUGAUGCCAUUCUCAACUCCAAGCGUCUGGAUCUAUACAACUUGUACAGAGAGGUUGUUUCAAGAGGAGGUUUUCAUGUGGGUAAUGGAAUCAACUGGAAAGGACAAGUUUUUUCGAAGAUGCGAAAUUACACCGCAACCAAUAAAAUGACUGGUGUUGGAAACACUCUUAAACGACAUUACGAAACAUACUUGCUGGAAUACGAAUUAUCUCACGAAGAUGUAGAUGGAGAAUGUUGCUUGCUAUGCCACAGUAGCGCAGCUGGUGACUGGGUCAACUGUAGCAUAUGCGGGGAGUGGGCCCACUUUGGUUGUGAUAGACGGCAAGGUCUUGGCGCCUUUAAGGAUUAUGCAAAAACAGACGGAUUAGAGUAUAUUUGUCCUCAUUGCAGUGUCACAAAUUUCAGAAAGAAGUUGCAGAAGACUUCAAACGGUUUUUCAGAGAAUCUUGCAUAUUCAAGACAUGUGUGAUAAUAGUCUUUACUUUUCCCAUUUCUUUUCUUCCUUUCUACCCCGGGUAGUAUAUUUGCUACCAUGGUUGAAAAUUUAUUUUGAUAAUUCCUGGCGGGAGGAGUUUAACGAUUGAGGGCGUUUCUGCUGAUAUUUGGAAACGGAGGAUACACCAAUUGAGGGUGUUUCUGCAGGCAGGCAGAUAACGGAUGGAGAAACAGUUUCGAGGUGAAACACGAAAGCUUAAUUGUGACAUAACUUAUGCUUUUUUAUGUUCCUUUUAGCAGUCCUUUUUUCCUUAUCAAGGGAGGUGAAAUGAUUGAUAGCAGAGUUUACUUACUACAGGUAUAGGAAAUGGAUCCCAGGAGAAAAGGUGUAGUGUAAAAUAAUUAGAGCAUAUGAGAUUUGUAUUUAGGUAGAUGGUAGCAGCAUUAUCAAAGAGAUGGAUCAUUCAAUUCUUAGAAGGAGUUUGACAUUGUUGUCCCUGUCCGGGCUGUGCCUAACAACAUUGUAAAGCGCCUUAUUGUCAUUUUUACCAUUUUUGUUACUUCCUUGCUUCC